UUUUCUCUGAAGAUUAUUUCCUUCAUCACGGUUUUCUUUAAAUACCUAAAUUUGAUCUUAGUGUUUAUGGAAGUUUAAAAAUAUAUAGAUAUGCAAUGUAUAGAAGAAUAAGGGAGAAAGCCAGGACAAAGGAAAAAUACAAUGAGGAAAAACAAGGGUAGGCAUGAAUUUAGCACAUAGACAACAUACUGGGGAAACAAAUGACUUUCUAACUUUCCAUUGCCAUGGUUUUUGUAAAAAUAUUUAACCUCUAUUCUCUCUGUCCUCUGAUUUCUCCUUUGUGCUGUUUUUAUUUAAAAUUAAAAAAAAAUACUUAUUGAGCAUCUAGCAUCAAAUUUAGACAUGGGGAAUCUAAGGAACUUAGUUUCUUGUGGAUGAAGAGUGGCUAACAGGUAACUUGUUCAUACAUAAAAGUAGUUAGAUACAAAGAAAAUAAAAUGAUAUGAAUGGUGGGUAUUUCCAAUUGGCUGAUUAAUAGGCCUCUCUGAGGAAGUGACCUUUGAGCUGAGAAUUGAAGAAAAGAAAGGAGCUAGAAUGGCAAAAGUGUAAGAGAAAAGCAUUGGCAGCUGAGGAAGCAAAAAGGGCGCAGAGGAAUUCGUUGUAACUGGACCUGACAAUGGUCGGGGAAAGUUAUAGAUGAGAUUACACGUAGGCAGAAGGCCAGACUAUCUAGAACUUGGUUAGCCAUUUGGAUUUUCUCCUAGAUGCAAUGGAAAGCUUUUAGAAACCUGAUUUAGGUCAUAAAUAGUAUUCUGGUUCUUGAGCUGAGAAGAGUUGGAAAUGAGAGGGGCGCGGGGCUGAAUACAAACUAGUUGAGACAAUGAAAUGACGGUGGUUUAAACUAUAGUUCUAAAUGAAGGAAUUUUAAAGUGACUUUUAGGAAAAAAGGUAUUAGUUGAAAUCCAGAACAGUGCUUUAGAUAUGUUAACUUGGAGUGCUUAUUAGACAUUUAAUUGCAAAUAAGUUGGAAGUGCUGUGUCUAGGCAGAAGAGUGAAUUGAAGAGUUCUUACUUAAACUUUUGGAAAUAAAUGUGAUUACCUAGGGAGAGAAGGAGAAGUAGAAUAAGGGACUAGAACUGACCCUUGAAGCCCCUCAAAACUCGAGGUUCUAGAGGAUGGGAAGCCAGAAAAGGAUGAUGCAAAAUAGGCCAGUAAAGUAGGAGGGAUAUCAGCUAUAAGAUCUUGAUAGCAAAGAGAACAAAACAUUCCAGAGACGGGGUCGAGGUCAACUAUGUUAACUGCUGCUGAAAGCUCAAGACAGAUAAAGCCAGGAGUGGCCACUGAAUUUGGAAACUUAACAAUAUUUUUGUGACUCAUUAGUUGUUUUCAGUAGAGUAGUCCAGGAGAUGUUCAGGCAGGCCAAGACAAAAGAAGGUACCUACAAGGGAGUUCAAGGACCCACUCAGUAAAAAAGAAUUGGAGCAAAUUCAAAGCCAAAUGACAAAUAGGAAAUAUUUGCAAUUUGUAUAAUAACAAGGGGAUAAUCUUUUCAAUGUAUAAAUGUGUCUUAAAAUUAAGGAAAAAGACCAAAAACCUGGCAGAAGAAAACAGGUAAAAGGCUUUAAACACAGGGUUCACAGAAAAAGGAACAAAAAUGACUCAAACAUAUGCAAAUAAUAGCUUUAUUCAUAAUAAAGUAAAUGCAAGCUGAAAAUAUAUAACAAUACCAUUUCUCAUCUAUCAAGCAGGCAAAAAGUUUGAUAUCUUUCUCAUAUGUUGCUUUGAAUGCAAAAUUGUACAACUCCUGUGGUUGGGAAUCAGGCAAAAUGUACGCAAAAUUAUAGCUGUGUUUACUAGCAAUCCCAUUUCUAGGGAAUAUGCUUUCUAAAACCAUGGUUCUAUAAACUUUGGUCUCAGGAUUCCUUUGCACUCAUAUUAUUGACGGACGACCCCAAUAAGCUUUUGUUUGUGUGUUAUAUGUAUUGUUACUCUAUUAGAAAUUAAAACUGAGUUUUUAAAAAAUAUUAGUUUAUUAAAAAUAAACAACAUUUUGAUGAAGAAAGUUUUCUGAACAAUUAUUGGCAAAGCAUAGUUUGAUAGUUUUGCAAAUCUCUUUAAUUUCUGGUUUAUCAGAAGAUGAUUAUUUUCUAUCCUUUCCUAUAUUCCAUUUAUCGCAAUUUAUGUUAGUUCAUAUAUAUGAAGAAGCUCUGUCCUCACACAAAUAAUUAGUUGGAAAAAAGAAAGCGCAUUCGAAUAGCUUUUUCAGAUAAUUGUGCGUGUGUGUUUUUCUGUAAUCUUAUCAAUGAGCAUUUUGUCCUCUGUUACAUUAAAAUCUAUUAGUCUAUCUUAUACUUUGCAUCCACUUUACCCUUGUAUAAUUUUGUAACAUGCAUUGGUCAUCUGGAAAAUAUCAGUUCACUGAGUUUGCAGAUUUUCCAAAUGUUGACAGAUUUCAUUAUACAAUAGUAAAAAAUUACAUUUGUUACGAUCAACACCAAUUUCAUGAGAAAGACUAAAUAUUGGGAAGCUGUCAAACUUAAAAUAGUGGAUGCACAUUUUCCAAAACGCUAAUUUUUGCUUCAAAGCUUAAAUUUUAUCAUUGGCAACUAAUACUUAGUUGGUUUCCUUGAAAUGACAAGGUCACUUUAGUAGCGUUUGAGAAAAUGUCUUCCAAGUCGCUAUAUCUGAAUGACUGGGGUUUGUCUCACUUGUUCUUUCAGCUUAAAAAUGUUCUAUGAAAAAAGUGGCUAGUAUGUUUUGCAACUCCAAAAAUCAUAGAAAAUGCUUUUCUUGAAACAACCAUUAUAUUUCCAUACACAACAUAAAUGCUUUAUGCACACUUUCCAUUUUGUCACCCAGAAUAUUAAAUAAACCCUGCACUCAAGGGUUGAGAUUUAAUAUUUUACUUCAUCAAGAAAUACUAUUCUUAAGUAAAAUGAAACUUUUUUUUAACUGGGAGUAUGCAAGUAUGUAAAGAUUAAAAAAUACGAUAAAUGACUAUAGUACCGUUUGAUGCUAUUUUCUUGAUUAAUGGUACGAGCCAGCAGUUUUAUCUACGGUCAGCGCAAACGUCAACACUGAAAAAAGCAAAUCAGGUCUCGAGAAUGCCGCUUGGAAAACUGCUGCUUUAAUGCGUACCCUAACCAAAUAACAAAAAUCAUCAUAUAUACGAUUAGUCAACUUCAGAGUUAUAAAAAUGUUUUUCGUAUCUUAAAAGUUAAAAAAGAAGGAAUGAAAGGACAGGAGGUCUAGUUAACGGUCAAGAAAGUUUGGGUGGGAGUGAGCGCAUGAGAGGUGGAGGAUGCUACUGAAUCCAGAAAUGAAAGUUUGGGAGUUCUGAAAUCUGUCAGGUCAGUUCCUUUCAAGAGAUAACUGUCAAAAGAGCCGGUUAAGGAAGUGGAUUGGGGACAAACGCACACACAAUAGAGGAUUUGAGAAAUGAAUACUUGGUGUUUUGGCUCACCCAACAAUGGCUGGAGAUAGGCUUAGACGAGGAAACUAAGUCAACUAAGGUAAUUCUUUACUGGGGAAGCGUUUCCCAAAUUCAGUAGGUAAUACAUUUUAAGAAUAUAUUUAAAAUGUUUCUAGAGAAAAAGUAGAAUUGUUGCUCAAAGUUAAUCAGAAUUGUCUGGAAAUGAGGAUGCAGGGGAUAAUAGGUCCCUUGUUCUGUUUCCUUAAAAGAAAAUCCAGAGAAGAUGCAAUUUCCCUUUCGUGUUUUUGCAAACUUUUUAUUUUUCGGGGGAAUCAUUUUUAUUUUUUUAACCAAUAUCCCUUAAGGACCAGUUCUCUGGCGAGGCAGGCCUUGAACCCUGGGUGUGAAAUUUGUGGUGCCUCACCCUUAAGCGCAUGCGCACCUAAGGAGCCUGGACGUGAGCACUUCCUUAAAUUUGGCACCCAAGCACCUCUUAUUUAAGGUGGCACUCAAAAGAGGCCCUCACUUUCUGGCUCAUGCACGCACCGGGAAAGUGAGUGGUUCCUUAAAUUUGCGCCCAGAACAUCUAACACCAGGCUUUCGUCACUCUAGUCCCGGAAGUUCCUCCAAUGCUUAUUAAUACACUGUGCCUUCUGUUGAUCAUCUUGAUCAUCUUUUCCUUUCUUCUUUUUUCUUUUUUUAGUGACUUACAGGGAAGUGGGGCGCAGUGCCUCACUUGUGACUAAGUUCUAGUCAAUAGCUCAAAAUUCUCAGAAAACUCGAGAACCCCUCUAGUCUUAGAACAUUGGUAUAACUUCUUGUGUCUCCUUCCCCGAGCUAGCGGCUGCCAGAGGUUUGCUGGAUUGGAGGAGUCCGGGAUGCGCUGACCCCCUCUCCUGCUUGACCGUAGACCCUGAGCUUGACGAGUGCGUCGGCCCCAGAACGCUGCCGCUCUUCUCUUGUUCAGAGUACAGGGAAGUAGUAUUAUUCCACAUCAGCAAGAGCCCAUCUUCAACCAGGGACUCCUGCUGCCAUGUCCAAAAGGCUCAGCCCCCAGUUACAGCAAAAGAUCCCAGAAGAUGCCUACUGUGAGAAACACCUGGAACCGCUGCUGCUGUUCUGUGAUGACGACCAAAUCAUACUUUGUGGCAAGUGCUUCCAGUCCCAGGAGCAUAGGCAUCACGUGGUGUAUGGAGUGCAAGAGGCCGCAGAGAAUUACAAGAUGUUAUUCCAGAAGAUAUCAAACACGUUGAAGGAGAAACUUGAAGUAGUUAAAAGCAUGUUGGCUGAUGAGCAAGAAAGAAUGGAAGAGGAGCAGAAUUUUAAAGAGAUGAUUGAGUCUGAAUAUAGGCUUAUGUUCCGGUUGAUGAUUGAAGAGAAAGAGGUGAACUUCCGGGGCCUUCAUGGGUAUGUAUUCAACCUGAACUUGAGAGAACCUAGUCUGAAUCAACUGACUGAGUUUGCUGCAGAGCUAAAGGAGAAGUUCCAGGAAACGCUGCAGAGACUGAACGAUCUGGGGAGAGAGAAUCUGAAUAAACUGAAGGAGAGCGAGACCAGGCUCUCUGAACAGAUCUGCAGUCUCCAACAGAUCCCUGUAGAGUUAGAGAAGAAGUGUGGGGAAUCCAGCUCAGCACUGCUCCAGAAUGCAAGAUAUUCUUUGGAAAGGAGUGAGUCGCUGCUGCUUCAGUGUCUACAGCCCGCCCAAACUGCAGACCUGAGUUCGUGCCAAAUAACAGGAAUGAGCGAAAUGCUCAAAGUGUUCCAAAGACCUAUAACUUUGGAUCCAAAAACAGCUCAUCCCUGUCUGGUCCUAUCCGAGGAUCUGAGAAGUAUAAGACUCAGAAACAUCCAGCAGCAUGUGCCUAGCAACCCAGGGAGAUUUGACUUCAGUGCCUCUGUGUUGGGUGUGGAGAGCUUCUCCUCAGGGAGGCACUACUGGGAGGUGGAUGUGGAAAAGGCAACGAAGUGGCAGUUGGGUAUAUGUGAAGACUCUGCCAGCGGAAAGAGUGACGCACCCAAAGCUUCUGGAGAUAAAGUCCUACUCACAGGAUCCAUGAUGGGAGCUGACUUUACCUUCUGGGUCUUUCCUCCUUUAAGAAAGGUCUUCUUGAGAGAGCAAAUGCACAAAGUUGGAGUUUUCCUAGAUUAUGAGUAUGGGCAAAUAUCAUUCUAUGAUGUGACAAAGGGAUCCCUCAUUUAUAAUUUCUCUUGUCUCACCUUCCAAGGAGCUGUCAGGCCUCUGUUUUCUCUUUGUAUCCCAAAUGGAGGCACAAAUUCGGACUCUCUCAGCAUCUGCCUCCCUCGUGUUUCUUCUUGAACUGUUGCUGUUACACCUCAGUCAUCCUUGGUGUGAAAUCUAAGACCACAAGAAGCUACAAAGUUAAGAGCGUGAUUUUGUAAAAGAAUUUAUAUAAAGGAAUCCAAUAAAAGAUUUCUAGUGUUUAAGUUGGAACCCA